AUGCUUUACUCAAACUCUUCUGACCUGUUGUCCAAAUGUUUAGUCGUUUUGAUAGUCUUUUUGUCCAUUUUAUGCAACACUGAGCUCUUCGGACAGCAAUUAUCCUAUGAUUUGCCGCACAAACGCUUUGAAUACAAGUACUCAUUCAAAGGGCCGUAUUUGGCGCAGAAGGACGGAACCGUUCCCUUCUGGACAUAUGACGGCAAUGCCAUCGCUUCCGAAGAGAUGGUGAGAAUCACACCAUCGCUCAGAUCGAAGAAGGGAUCCGUUUGGACGAAGACGCCGACAACCUUCGAGUGGUGGGAAGUGGAGCUCGUCUUCAGAGUGAACGGAAGGGGAAGACUGGGCGCCGACGGACUCGCCUUCUGGUUCACAGACCAGCGAUCGGUUGAGGGGCCGGUGUUUGGGGCGGCAGACAAUUGGAAGGGUUUGGCCCUCUUUUUCGACUCCUUCGACAACGACAACAAAGGCAACAAUCCAUACAUUAUGGCUAUGAUUAACGACGGCUCCAAGAGUUACGACCACCAGAGCGAUGGCAUUAACCAACAACUCGCCGGUUGUUUGAGAGACUUCCGGAAUAAGCCGUUUCCGGUGCGCGCGAAGAUCGAGUACUACCGGAAUGUGUUGUCCGUUAUGUUUCACUCGGGAAACACUAAUAACGAGGACGAGUACGAGCUGUGCCUGAGAACCGAAAACGUAUUUCUGCCGCAAUUCGGACACUUCGGAGUGUCGGCCGCGACGGGAGGGUUGGCCGACGAUCACGACGUACUCAAGUUGCUGACGUACAGCCUUCAUGUGCCCGGAUCUGAGCCGCAGACACAGCCCGGAAUCGCCGACUCCGAGAAGGAGAGGUUUGCGCGCGAAUACGAACAAUACAAACACAAGUUAGACAAACAGAAGGAGGACUACUUGAAAGCGCAUCCAGAAGAAGCCAAACGUCUGCAACACGAGGGCAACGCUCCCGAAGACGAGUACGACUUCGGCACUCGAGAGUUGCAGCAGAUAUUCGAGGGUCAGAGCCAAGUGUUCGAAGCCGUCAAACACCUCAACAGAAAACUCGAUGAAAUCGUCGGACGACAGGAGAGAGUGCUGUCGAUGUUGAGUGCUGUCCAGUCGGGCGCCGCUCCCGUCCAAGCGGGUCAACAGCCACAGUACGCCGCCGGAGGGGCGCCUCAACUACCACUCAAUCGACACGAAGUGGAGGCUCUGCUCGGAAACCAACGAGAAGUGGUUCAGACGUCUCGCGAAUUGAAGACUCUAUUACUUCAAUCACAACAACAACAGCAACACAACACGGGAUCGGGUGAUGGCGUCCAAAGCGCACAACAGAAUCAAGUUAUCCAACAGACAUUAAACGAGAUGCGCGACGGACUCACUGGUCUGAACCGGGACUUGGCAUCAUUGGGCAAUAGGAUCGACACGAGGGCAUCGGCAUCAGUGGGCUGUCCUCCAGUGCCCACGUGUUUAACGACAUUAAACUUUUCGAUUAUACUGUUCAUACAUUUAGGUAUUAUUAUGGGUUAUUUGGUGUAUAAAGCGAGCAAAGAGUCCGCCGCUAAGAAGUUCUACUAA